CACACCUCUCAGCGUCAACCACCACAGGAUGUCCCGCGCAAGUUCGGCCGCUCAGCCAAGAGCCUUGUCAUUGACUGAAGAGCUUGAAAAACUCGAACAGUCCAUUACAUUGACACUACAAGAGAUCGACCACAACUUCAGUCGAGCACACCGCAUAGUGACUUCAAGCAUCCUGCCCAUCGUUGAACAAUAUGCUACGCACUCAAAGGAGGUUUGGGAAGGGUCAAGAUUCUGGAAGCAAUUCUUCGAAUCGAGCGCCAAUGUGUCCUUGUCAGGCUACGAAGAGCAACAAUCACACUUGGACAAUACAGACACCACCGUCACCGAAGACACCAACGCCACGACACAUAGCACCUUGGAGACAUCGGAGUCUUACGAAACCCCCUUUGCCCAGCACAUCUCCACGGACUCAAUACAGGACCUGGAUCUGUCAAACAUGACCAUCUCGCCGUCCAAGAGCAGCACUCCGCGACCCACUCUCGCGCAAAAGCUUCAAAAGCAAGGCAAUGCCACCUUCGCGGACUACCCAUCGCCAUACGAGGCUUUGCGACAAGAAGUCCACAGCACAGUUGUCGACACCACGUCACUGACUCAACCGACCAUGCCCGAAACCCCCGGCGGCCGACCCGUGUUUUCCAUGGACAACAUUGCCGUCGGAACACCACAAUCCUCCCCAUUCCUACCGCCUCGACCGACUUCGAUCCCGCGCCCAUCCACCACACGCAAAAGAACGGAUCCCCUCCUUCACCGCAUCCUCGACAGAAAUUAUCGCGUCCAAGCCACACCGCUCACAAGCCAGCGUUACGCAAAUCUGCACUCGAUAACUCGCGCUACGCCUUCCACCGCGAAGCAGCGUGCUCGGUCUACAACACUCGACGAUUCGACUCUAUCGUCGAGCCCGGAGGCACCUCCCCCCGAGCUCCACCCGGAGAUAUUCUCCUCGCCCGAACGCCGGAGACCCAUCCCCGGCAUCAGCGUGCUCACCCCGUCACGGGCUCGGUCAAAGUCUCAGCCGCUCAGGGCGCCAGCGAGGGCACCGGGCGUCUGGGACAGUGACGACGACGACGACGACGACCUCGAUGACGACGUUCUCUUCGACCAAUCCCCGCCCAAGACGAUGCAGUUCCACGUGCCCCAGCACCGGCUGUUGAAGACCCCCGCCAAGGAGGCGUCGAAGCGGAUCGUCGAGGACAUUCUGACCAACGCCGGGAUAGAUUACGGGGAGGAGGAGAUUAACUUCUCCCAAGAGUUGGAAACGCAGGCGUUCGACCUGGACGAUGGCGGGGAGCCGACCAGCCCGAGCGUGGUCCGCAAGGCCAUGAAUAUCGAGGACGAGACGUUCUGAAGCGACUGCAGAUGUGUUGAAAUCCUCCUAAUCAAGCAAGUAAAUGUGAUAAAAUAUCACGGGAUAGAAUGAAUCUAUGUCGUGUCUCACAACAAGACUCUAAUACCCUCGUCGGUCCGCGAGAGGUUCUACAACG